GCUUUCGGUAUUAUUCGGCUGCAGAGGCGGAAUGAAGAGCUUCAUUCUGAAGCUCAGAAGCUCUGAAGCUGGGUCUGCCUCGAGCGUAAUGACCCAUGCGAUGUGGAUGCUUUUAUAGCGGCGUAUAUGCCUGUCAUUGGGUGAUUUUUGCGAUGUCAGUUUUAGUUCACAUGAGGAAGCGAAGAGUCGCGUAACUAAAUCUUAUAUGCAGUGGUAACCACUUUUUUUAUGUAUAUGUAAAGUAGCAAUCCAAUUUUAGAAUAAGUUAGUUAAAAUGUUUCUAAGUUCUCUUUCAGCGGUGCUUUUCCUCUCCCUGUUGCCCCCCUGCUGGGGCGGUCUACCUCUCGUAAUAAAUACUUGGUCUUUUAAGGACGCUACGACGACAGCAUGGAAGACCCUCAAUUCGGGGGGAUCCAUACUGGAUGCUCUGGAGAGGGGCUGUGCGCAGUGUCAGACGGAGCAGUGCGAUGGCAGUGUGGGCUACGGCGGCAGUCCUGAUGAGAAGGGAGAGACCACGCUUGACGCCAUGAUUAUGAAUGGAGAUACGAUGGAAGUGGGGGCUGUGGGAGAUCUCAGGCGGAUUAAGGACGCCAUUGGUGUGGCAAGGGCGGUAAUGGAGCGAACCAAGCACACCUUGCUGGUUGGAGAAUCAGCCUCGGUUUUUGCCGAAAACAUGGGUUUCGCAGCUGAAGACUUAACGACUAAUAAGUCACUUGAUAUGUUCACGAAAUGGCUUAAUGGAAACUGUCAGCCUAAUUAUCGUCAGAAUGUUUCGCCGGAUCCUUUGACCUCAUGUGGUCCUUACAAACCCAGUGCCGUCUUGCAUCGAAGACGGAGCAUACAACACGUCGAUAUCCAUGCACAUGACACCAUUGGUAUGAUUGUGAUUAAUCAGACCGGGAACGUAGCUGCAGGAACGUCAACUAACGGCGCAAAGCACAAGGUUCCAGGCCGUGUGGGGGAUUCUCCGAUCGCCGGAGCAGGGGCCUACGCCGACAGCGCCGCGGGGGCAGCCGCCGCCACCGGAGACGGGGACGUUAUGAUGCGAUUCCUCCCAAGUUACCUUGCUGUGGAAUUAAUGCGUGCAGGAACAGAUCCAACAACGGCGUGUCAGACCGCGAUCAAAAGAAUCAAGCAGCACUUCCCGCAUUUCUUUGGUGCAAUUAUUUGCGCAAAUACAACUGGUGGUUACGGUGCUGCAUGCAACAAAGUGCCAGGGUUUUCCAGUUUCCCAUUCAUGGUGUACAAUCUGCAGUCCAGUGAUCCAGUUCAAAGAGUAGUGGACUGUAUUUAAAGCUACACUGGAACAACACAGUGACUUGUUUGGUAUGAAAUAACCAUCAGUUUUUAGUUAUAACGUUUCAGGGCGCUCAGGUAAUUGAAACAGCUCACAUCAUCCCAUGGUGAAAUGUCUUCCCAGCAUUACCUAAACGCAAUGUCUUUUCCACCUCCUAAAGCACUGAAGGUUUUUUUUUUAACUAAUUAAAGUUUACAUUUUUAGUGGCUUAAUUUGAAAUUGCACUAUACAGACCAUGUAAUUCUUCUCUAGUGAGAAAGUUUUUAUUGGAUGGUAAAUGAAUCUUUCCUAAUUAAAACACAUCCACGGUAAACAGUGAAAA